UCGAUCGUUGCUUGAUUAGUUUGUGUGCUGCCGUUGAUGUGGUACUGACUGCCUAGUUUGACGUCGGAAAGUUCAAAAGAGUUCGCCAGCACAGCAACGACCGUCAUCAUGUGCAGCAAAAACAACUUCGAGGUCUUGAUGGAGAAAAUCAAUACGGGUAUACCAACGUGUCCGAUCAAUUUGGACACGUUACGCACUCGGUUGCCAGAUAUUGGCAGCUGGCGAUUACCCCACGUAUGUAAGGAAGCUGUAACCAGUAAUAAUAAUAAUAACAACAAUAACAACAACGACACAACAGCUGGAAGCGGCCUUGAAGGAGGAACCACCGGAAACUACAGUACCAACCUUACGACGGCGGCGUCGGACGCCUUCUAUCAGCCCCAGUCGCUGGGGGCUCUAUCCACCGUGACGGCAUCGACGACCGUCACCAGUUGUGGAUCAGCCCUGGGGACAGCGACAACCCAGCAGCCACUUCCGCAACAGCACUUUCAUCAGCUUGCACAGCAGCAGCAGCAGCACCAGACCAGUUUGCACAAGUUCUACAAGGCGCACAAAAAGAUGCCGGCAUUUCGGGGACGGAGAGGCUGGUGCGGGUGUUUGCAGGAUGACGAACCACCCGAAAUCUGCGUGGUCGAGGGUGUUUUCUCCCUGCAAACACUCACCCCCACCCAGCCGAUGCCGGCCAUCGACGAGCUGGACAGCAAAUUUGCCGAACUUGUCGAGGAACUCGAUCUCACCGCACCGAACAAGGCCGCGAUGCUCAGUUUGCCACCGCAGAAGAAGUGGCAAAUCUACUGCUCUCGCAAGAGCCCGCUGGACGCGACCGGUCCGAACGGAGCCCCACUGCCGGGUGCCACACUCCCUCCCACACCCGAGCACUACAUCGAACGACUGAAGGAUAUGGCGGUGCAGCUAAAAACCUCCUCACCGGACGAAUCUCCCUUGCACGAGUACAGCCCGAAGAUCGAGUCGCACACGGCCCUGUUCGAUGCGCUGAAGACGGCUCUGCGCACAUCGGCGCAUAGUUUCGUGAUUCGGUUCAUCGAACUUCAGGGACUGCCGGCGCUACUCGAACUGCUCCAGGCGCUGGAUAUCCGAGUGGCCAACAGUCCACUACACACUAGUCUGAUCGGGUGCAUCAAGGCGCUGAUGAACAACUCGACCGGUCGUUCGCACGUGCUAGCCCAUCCCACCGGGAUCGACACGAUCGCUCGUUCGCUGGCGGCAGAUAACAUCAAGACCAAAAUCGCCGCACUGGAAAUUCUCGGUGCCGUCUGUUUGGUCCCAGGUGGCCACAAGAAAGUGCUCACGGCAAUGCUCAACUAUCAGGAGUAUGCCGCCGAGCGGGCUCGCUUCCAGGGCAUCGUAAACGAUCUGGACCGAUCGACCGGUGCCUACCGGGACGACGUGAAUCUCAAGACAGCCAUCAUGUCAUUCAUCAACGCAGUACUGAACUACGGUCCUGGACAGGAGAAUCUCGAGUUCAGGUUGCACCUGAGGUACGAGUUUCUGAUGCUCGGUAUUCAACCAGUGAUUGAUAAGCUGCGAAAGCACGAAAAUGAUACAUUGAAUCGGCAUUUGGACUUCUUCGAGAUGGUUAGAAACGAAGACGAGAAGGAACUGGCCAGAAAGUUUGGCCACGAACAUGUAGAUACGAAAAGUGCAAACGCAAUGUUCGACCUGCUGAGACGGAAGCUUAGUCAUUCAACUGCUUAUCCUCAUCUGUUGAGUCUUCUGCAGCACAUGCUGAUGCUUCCGCAAGCAGGAUCUAAUGCACAACACUGGUUGAUGUUUGAUCGAGUGGUUCAGCAAAUCGUACUGCAGCAGGAGGAACGACCUUCUAGUGAAAUUGAUCCAGAUCAGGACAAGUUUUCCGAAUCUUCUUUCAAGGUUCAGGAUCCUGACAUCGCACCACUUCAUAUCGAUGUGAGAAAAAUAGUCAAACUUUUAGUCAAAGAAGAAGAAUUGGUUGCCGCCAGAAGUCGAGCCGAAGAUCUUGAGAAGGAAAACUCGGAAAUCAAUGGGAAACUAGCCAAAAAAGAGCAAGAACUAGAUCUGCGAACGCAGGAGAAGGAAGACCUGGAAACAUCGUUAGCACGCAUGCGCGAACGCCUGGAAAAGGAAAGCUCUAACCACUCGCAGGCCGUUCAGCGAGCGCUGAAUGCAGAAAUGCGUGUCGAAGAUUUGCAGCACCGAUUCGUCAGCGAGCAGCAGGAACGAGUUCGCCUGGAGCGACUAGUCACUGAGGGAAGCAUCCCGGACGAUCAGAAGGUCGCCGGUCUGCAGGGAUGCAACGGACCGGUUUCACCUCCGCCACCACCACCGCCAUGCAAGCUUCCUCCUCCGCCUCCGCCAAUGAUGGCAGCACCACCGCCUCCCCCAGCACCCGGUGGCAUGCCAAAGAUCUCCAACCAGAACCUAUCCAGCAUGCCGGCACCACCCAAGAUGGAAGCUCCGAAGAAGAAUGUUCCCCAGCCGGCCAAUCCUCUGAAGAGUUUUAACUGGUCCAAGCUGCCGGACAGUAAACUGCAGGGCACCGUGUGGAGUGAGCUGGACGACACCAAGUGGUACAACAGCAUCGAACUGGAGUCUAUCGAUAAACUGUUUUCGGCUUAUCAGAAGAAUGGCGUGGCGUAUAAUUUCCCAUUCCAGAACGACGGUUCCAUCGAGGAUCUGCGCCUGAUUGGAAAGAACAAGACGAAAAUUCUUUCGGUUAUCGACGGACGGCGGGCGCAGAACUGCACGAUUCUGCUUAGCAAGCUGAAGAUGAGCGACGAGGAGAUCUCAAAGGCCAUUCUAUCGAUGGACUCCAACGAACAGCUACCGAUCGACAUGGUCGAACAGCUGCUCAAGUUCACCCCGUCGGCCGAGGAGCGCGCCCUGCUGGACGAACAUUCCGAGGAUAUUGACUCGCUCGCCCGAGCGGAUCGAUUCCUGUACGAAAUUUCGAAAAUACCUCACUACGAGCAACGUCUGCGUAGUCUGCACUACAAGAAACGCUUCCAGCUGACGGUGAGCGACCUCUCGCCACGAAUCGCCAACGUAAUGGAAGCAUCACGGGAGGUAGCUCGUUCGCGACGGCUACGCAAGCUGCUUGAACUGGUUCUCGCUCUGGGUAACUACAUGAACCGGGGUGCCCGUGGCAAUGCUUCCGGUUUCCGAUUAGCUUCACUCAACCGGCUGGCGGACACCAAGAGCAGUGCAGCCAAGGGUACUACUCUGUUGCACUAUCUGGUGCAGAUCAUUGAGAAGAAGUUUAAGGAUAUUCUGCUGCUGGAGGAGGAUCUGCCCCACGUUAAGGAAGCUUCGAAGGUAUCGCUCGGUGAAAUGGACAAGGACAUAUCGAUGCUGCGAGCUGGACUGGCUGAGGUGAAUCGGGAAAUUGAAUUCCAUCGGAGCAGUGGUGUUCCGCAGUCUGGCGAUCGGUUUUUGCCGGUAAUGCGGGAAUUCCAUGCGCAGGCAUCGGUGCGAUUUGCAGAACUGGAGGAUCAAUUCCAGGAUAUGAAGACGAGAUUUGACCGUGCGGUUAGAUUGUUCGGGGAAGAUGGUUCAGUUGUUCAACCGGAUGAAUUCUUCGGUAUCUUUGAUGGAUUUUUGUCAGCGCUGAUGGAAGCCAAACAGGAUAAUGAAAACUUCCGGAGGCGACAGGAGGAAGAGGAAAAGCGAGCCAAACAAGAAGCUGAGCUCAAAAAACGCACCAUCGAGCGUAAAUCGAAGGAAGGUCUGCUGAACUCGGUGGCAAAGAAUCUCGGUUUGAAAGUAUCGAAACCAUCCACAAACGGGGCCUCGAACGGAGGCAGUCCGGUGGCCGACCCGAAUAACAAGGGCGAGUUUGACGACCUCAUAUCUGCUCUUCGAACCGGGGACGUAUUUGGCGAGGAUAUGGCCAAAUUCAAGCGAUCGCGCAAAACUCGUCUUGGGCCGAGCAAUGGCAGUAAUAAUACAUCACCGCCACGAAGUCGGAACAGCGCCGGGCGGGAAGACAGCCGCGAACGGACGGGCGUUGUCAACAGACGACAAUAGAUGAAAGAUAAUCUAGAAUGUGUAGUAACUUUGUUUGGACUUUUGUUUCGAAGGAAACAUGAUUUGUGUAGCAUAUUUCGGUUCGUCUUUAUUCGGAACUUUGUGUUUUUUGUGUAAAUUUGUAAAAGUGAAAGAGACCAAAAAUUGUGAGUGAAGCUCAAAAACGUUGUAAUAAUAGGAAACUACAAUAGAAACCGUAGAUAAUACGAAAUGUUCUGGUUAUUCCAUUAGAGACUGUUUUAAACACACCGAAGAAAAUAUAUAAACGCAUACAACAAAUUUUUGAACAUGUUUUACGAUCAGAUCAGCCACUUUGCAACUGACGCAUUAUAUACACCCCCGGCAGAAGGAAAUAGCCUACCAGUAAACAUAAGCGAAACUCAUCUCGAUAGACAUAUAUAUGUAGUUAAGAGAAUCAUCAUUCGUAGAAAACUUAAUGCAUCGUACAGUUUUACCGAACCUUCAAGCAGCCAGAAGCAAUCGUUUUAGUUACCAAUGAUUUAUCCUUCGCGCAAGCAAUGCUUCCUAUAACCACGGUAUUAGUUACGUCUAGGAGACUGUGUAAAAUACGUAUCACUUGCAUCUGUUCCGCCGCCCUACUCGCAACCGGCGAUUGUUGUCUUAAUUAAAAAAAGAAUUUCUUAUGUAUUUAUUUAACCUUACCCUUAACUCAAGUAUUCUUUCUAGUGACAUUUAUAUACGCAUAUCUCUUCCUUUACUGGCAAGGUCUCAGUUGCUCCCUAACCUAGGGAUUCUCUGUAUAUAAUCUAGAAAUUGGUAAUCGAUAAUCGAUAAAAAUAAUCUCAACAAAAAAGAAUAAAAAACCCGUUGAAAUUUUCCAAAUAUGAUAGUAAUGUUUUCCCCGGUUUAAAACUUACGAGUACGAGCGAAAUCAUUGUUUUAACCAACACAAUAUAAGCACCGUGCAUCAAUCUGUGACCCAAAAUCAUACCAGCUUCCCCGAUUUUAAAACUAAAAAUCAAAGUAUAAGUAGCUGUCUCCUGUUUCGAACUUUUCUUUGUUACUGACCCAAAAAAUGGCAAUAAGUCGAUCGAUAAUAUCACGUAACCAUUUUAGUCAUGAUAAGAAAAAGACGAAAGGAUAUAAUGGAUUGCACAACUAGCGAAUCUCACAAAUAACAUCAAUCACAAAUUUUAUUACUCAAGAUAAACAAGGGCCUGAGAAAAGCGACACAAGAUUUUGAGCUCGUUUUUUUUAUAAAAUCCGAUGUGACAUACACAUUCAUAACACUUUUCAAGAGCACAUCAAGGAUUUUUUUUACGAUAACGGACCCCCAACUCAAUGCAAAAUAAUCUAUAUAGAUGUUGCUUAACGGUAUCCAAAACUCACACAGGUUAGAUCUGUUAAUCGUUCAUUUUAAACGUAGACGAAAGAGUUAGGCGAACUGAUUACCAAAUGAGUAAAGAUUCGAGGUUGGAGUUGUUUCUCGAAAGUGAGAAACAAAUGCCAACCAACCAUCGAUUGUACCCUCAUUAUGAAACGGACGGAUGGAAAAUUGAUAAUAUAUAUAGAAUGUAUACAGUAAAUACGAUGAGAGCGUCGAAUAAAUUUGUCGGAAAAUA